CCUGGGUAAUUCUAUGAUUCUGGAGAGAUCAGAAGCAGUGGUAUCUGCCUCUAACCCCUUUCACCUGAGUGCUGUCUUUUAAACCACCCCUCAUUCUCAUCCUCUUCCUUUUUCGGUCCUUCAUUUCCCCCAUUCUAGGUUAAACUAUAAAUCAGCAUUAACAGAAGCAAACUUUUUCAACCUGAAUUUAAUCUAUGCUUAUCUUCAAGCACCAAUAAAUGGUCUAUCUCGGUUUCUCUCACAUUUUCAGACUGGUAAUCUUGAAUUAGCUCAUUAUAAUCCCAGAGAAAAGGGGGUUGUAGUUUCUUAUCAUAUUAUAGUGAUCUCUGGUUGCUGCACUUAAAUGUAGACUAACUGGUAAAUGAAGUCCAGUGGAUGUAAGUGCCACACCUGAAGCAGAAGAAAAAAGGUCCCUUAGGAAGAGGAAUAACUUCUUUAAAAGAAGAUGGCAAGGAACAAGAAAGAGCCCAUCCAUUUCCAUAACAGACAGAUCAAAGGAAGAACAGAAUGACAGAAAAGAGAGAAGAAAGGUCACAGAACAAAGUACAGGAUUUAAACUGCUUGGUGGGAGUGUAAAAUUUCUUAUGUGUAUUAUGAACAGACGAACUAAAAAACAAAAAGACCAUCAGCUUAGGGUGCACUUUGUUCUUUUCUUAUUUAUCCUGUUCGCCUCAGAAACAGAACCAGCUUUGCCUGCACUGGCUUUGCUGGGGUCUCCUGGAGAGGAAACAAAAAAAAAAAGUUGCAUUGGGAGAGAAGUCUCAGAAACCCGUAUCCCAGCACCGGCUGUUAGCGGACAGCGAUCCCGAGGUGUGAGCUGUAAAGCUGGCUGUCACCCAGUGAACGGGUUUUGUGAAUUUCCCAGUGAAUGCAGGUGUCUGCCUGGUUGGCAGGGUGCUUUCUGCAAUCAGUGUGUCCCUUUCCCUGGGUGUCUGCAUGGCAGCUGUGUCAAACCCUGGCAGUGCAUCUGUGAGGAAGGCUGGGUUGGCAGCCUCUGUGACAUAGAUAUUCAGCCGUGUUCUGCAAAGCCCUGCACCAAUAACUCAACAUGCAUAGAGACUGGUGACGGAGGAUAUAUUUGUCUGUGUGCCCAGGGAUUUACAGGAAAAAACUGCCAUCUCAGGAAAGGACCUUGUAUUAUUAAUGGCUCUCCCUGCCAGAAUGGAGGAACAUGCAUUGAUGACAGUGGUUUUGCACCCCAUGCUUCCUGUCUGUGCCCUUCUGGUUUUGCUGGCAACUUCUGUGAAAUAGAUAGGGAUGACUGUGAAUCCAACCCAUGUGAAAAUGGAGGAACGUGCACAGAUAUUGGUGCAGGUUUCAGCUGUUUAUGUCCCCAUGGCUAUACAGGAAAGCUCUGCAGCAGCCAUGUCACAUUCUGUGCAAGUGACCCAUGUGAGAAUGGAGGAACAUGCAAAGAGCAUCCACGGGGAGGAUUCAAAUGCAUCUGUAAGCCAGAAUUUGUUGGUGCAACCUGCAGACAUGCCAGCAAAAACACAAGUCUUUCUGCAGUGAAUAGUGGCACAAAGAACAUGCAGAAUUACAAGCUACCCCCAAAAGCUCAUCACAGAUCAGUGCAUCAAGAACAUGAAAUCCUGAAAAUAACAGUGAAAGAAACAAUCCAAAACGCAGAUCCCUUGCUCAGUAAAAGCCAAGUUAUAUGUUUUGUGGUACUGGGAUCACUUACAUGUCUUGUAGUUUUGGGUACAACUGGGAUUGUAUUCUUUUCAAAAUGUGAAAUGUGGUUGGCUAAUGCCAAAUACAGUCACCUCCUGCGCAAGAAAAAGAACUUUCUUCUGAAGUCUAGCAAUGGGGAAAACCUUUCUGUUAAUAUUAUCUUCCCAGAGAAAAUCAAAUUGACGAAUUACACCAAGAACUACACUGCCAUCUAGGCCCUUGAAAGCCUGCUACCAAAUUGAAACAUUUCAUAACUAUGUGUAAAAUAAAUUGAACUUGUUACCUGUGGUUGGCCUCAGGAUCUGUGGGUCCAUUUGCUGUGGCUUGCGCUGGAUGGUAAUGAAGACAAAUGUAACGUAUCUGUAUUGCUAAGGAUUUUUCAUUCCCCAAAAUACAUCUAAAAAUUUUAAAGAGGAGGGGAAAAAAAAGAAAAAAAUAGAAAAAAAGGGAAAAAAAAGAAAAAAAAAUAACAAAAGAGCAGGGAACAUUAAUGAUUUACCUUCAAGGCAGCUAUUUUUUGUAAAAUAAAAGGUAAUUUACCACUGGAACUGUUCUGCAGCCUUCUUGACUUGUACAUAGCUUAUUUGACAAAUACGGUACCUGUAAAUGUGAUGUGGUUUUUAUUGUUUUGAUUUGUUUUUGUUGUUUUUUUUAAUAAACAACAGAUAAGGGCUA